GCAGGGGAGGCUCGCGGCUGUUCCUUUGUUGCGGGAAAGCGGUGGCUGCGCGGGCGUUGCCUGGAGAACGCCGCGACUCACAGUGGCAAAAUGGGCCUCUCCCCGACGCCCCUCCUCCCCUGCCUCCUCCCUGGCCACAAAGCAAAGGGCACCCCUUCCUGGUGGAUGUCGGGGCAGCGGUUGCCGGGUGUCCCAUCCAGAGUUUUGCAGGGUCCCCUGAGGGACCCGUGGCGGAACCGACCCCAAGUUCGUCGGAUUCCGCCUCUGUCUUCAGGAGGCUGGUUAAACAGAGAACAAGAUCAGAGUGAAAAAUGAGAGACUCUUAAAAGUGGAAACUUACUAUUUGUCGCUUUACAAGAAACUGGACAAUGGCUUAUUUCAGUAAGAUGGAUGUCAUCAAUGUCAACGCCUUGCCCGUGGUGCCACUGGAUGAGCACCUGGCUGUCUCACCUGUUACACGGAACGUGAUGAAGAAUGCCAUGAGGAAGACUCUGGAGGACCAUCCACCCUCGUGCUUUGUUGGCUCCAUGCACCAGGUAAACCAAACGAUUGGUGAAAUGGAUCUAAGUCCCAACCCAUUGGUCAACAGCCUGGCAAUUGAGAGAUUUGAGUUGGAGAAGAAGGCUUUAAAAGAGAAAAGUUGCAGCAGCCCCGGAGACAGAGGCAAAAAUCAGAGAAAAGCACAGUAUACUUGCAGAGGCUCAGCAUCCAGGAAUGUCAAGUCUUUCGUUAGUAAAAGGAAAACAGCAGAUAAAAAUCUGCUGGCAGAGCUGUACCAGUAUCUACAAUUUAACGACUCUAGGCCAAAUGAGCUUCCAAAUGGGGUGGACUUCUGUGACUUGGUAGGCAAUGUGAUCCGGGCUGAGAGAAACCCCUGUAGUGGCAAGUCUUUCUGUUCAGAUAGAGAAUUAGAGAACUUUUUCUCUUCUCCUUCUCCAAGAGCCAUAUGGCUGGACAGCUUCUGGUGGCUCUUUCAUGAAAGGUACCAGCCAAACAAGGAGGUCCAGAACAAGCUGUUUGACCGGAUAUCCCAACACUACGCCGCUCUUUUGUUUCAUGAACCCAAGUCCCACUAUGAAGAGGCAAUCUUAAAAAGGCUGCCAUCACUUCUGAGUAAAGCCCUGUACACCAGCUUCUGCUGCUGCUUCCCGCAGUCCUGGUUCAACACGCACGAGUUCAAGUCUGCCGUCUGUAACACGAUGAGCCUGUGGAUCUCAGGUAUAUAUCCUUGCCCACAGAGCUAUAACAGCUGGGACUACUCAGAACUGGAUCCAGAGAGAUUCCGGAGAGAAGAGUUAAUGUUGCAUAGAAGAACGCUGAUAAAGGAAAGGGAGCUUUCUCUCCUCGCUUCUAAGAGAUGCUUCUCCCACAAGUCCGCCUGGAGCAGGAAAGCCCACUGCCCUCAGUCUACUAAUGUAAGUUCAACCAGGAAGAAUUCAGAGGCUAGCUCCCGAAAACAGAAUACCACAAAAGAGCCUUGUUCGCAGACUCUGGUCUUGAAGAAAGCUACACAACAAGUCAAGGGGAUAUCAGAAGCCAAACAAUAUCAGAAAAUACUUCCUAAGCAGUCUCACCCCGCCUGCAGAAGCCCUGAGAUGACUUCAAACCUCUUCAACGUGUACGGGAAGAGCCCUCUGAUCGCGCACUUCCUCCACAACCAUGCCACUCUGCUGCAGCGUGGCGAAGACGUGUUGGUAGCCAGGAGGGAAAAGAGCAAGACCAUCCCUGAAUGCAGCCUGACCUACGCUGACGUCAUCAGACUGACCCUGCGCAACAUGAAGAAGCGGAGGGACACCCUGCGCCAGUUGAACCAGCUUCACUGGACGGAAUGGAAUUAUUUCGAUGUGUACCUCAAGGAGCUGCAGGACAACUUCCUCAGGGAGGUGAAGAAUAUCAACCAAAGAGCAAUAGAUAAAAAAAAGGCAAAUCACAUGUGCAUUCCACCCGUCACCUUCAUGGAGGAAUUGUCUGAUAAGAAGUCUGUAGAAAGCUGUCAGAGGGAGGCUGCGUUUCUGGCAAGGAAGAGAUAUAAGGAGCAAGAAAGAGAAUGGAAACAGAAGUCGAACUACUCUCCCUUUGCUCCUUCAUCCUCUGGUGAAUUCUCUUCUCUGAGAUCAGAAAGUCCCUACAAAAUUGCUGAUGCUCCUGCGACAAGCGAGGUCACUGAGGAGCCAAAAGCAAUGCAGAGAAAGAAAGUCACCUUCCUGACCGUCUCACUUUCCAACUCACCCAAAUGAACCUUUUCCAAGAGUUGGGAGAACUUUUCGGAUGAAGCCUGAACACAUUGUUAGGUUUACUCUAAAACAGAAACAACAAAAUAAACCAAAAAAUAGUACUGAAACACAUUUAAUCAUUCGCAGUCCAUGGGACAAUGAAUAUUGUAGUUCACUCCUACCCUGGGCCCAAGUCAGGAUUCACAUUGAAGUCAAGGCACCUCACUCAUGCAUGCAUUUACUUACUAGUUCUUUGAUUCACUUGUUAAGAAGAAGACUAUGGAAUGUAUAAUAUUGUUAUGUAACAUUAAUGGUAAUCAUAGGAGACAUCAUUUACUGAGCACUUACUAUGUCCUGAGGACUCUAAGUCCUUUUUAGACAUUAUCUUGGUUAGCCCUCCUGGGGGCCCCCCAAGUUGGGUAUUAUUGCCUUCAUUUCUCCUAGGAGGACCCCGGGGCUUAGAGAGGUUGAGCAAGCAUUCACUAGGUAUCUACUCUGUGCCAUGCCUGCACCAAGCCCUGUGCAUACAGAGAUGAAUAAAGACGCAGUCCCUCACCUUAAGGGGCACACAGUCUGGAAGAGGGGGAAGGAUGUGUGAGCCAAGAAAUGCAUUAAUACUUGGUGAGAUCUCUGUGGAAUCCAAGAAAAACCAAAUGAGAAAGACUUCGCUGAGGCUCAAAGGUAAAGGACCAGUGUGUGGAAGGACAUACAGCUGGGCUGAGGGGCUUGGCCUUUAGCAUUUGGGCCUCAGGGCACACGGGAGUAACGUGUUCUGUGUUGGAGCAGUCCACCAGGCACAGCCGAGAGGGAAGAAAGAGUGCACACGGCUGUCUGCCUGAAAUGAGCAGCCCAGGUCUUGGGACGUGUGGUAUUUCCCAGAGACAUGCGUCUUCACUUGAACCCUCAGGGUAACCGUAGGUGACCCCCUUGGAGAAUAUUGCCCAGGUAAAGGGAUAGAGGAAGGGUGAAUGGAAAGGAGCUCAAUCUUUGGCUUUGAAUGCCUGCCCUGCUUCAUAAUAGAUGCAUGGCUUUAGGCCUGGUAGCCGUGUGACUUGACCUUUCUGAACUUGUUUUCUGGAAUGCAGAAAGGGAAUGCCGUCUCUGAGGGUAGUGCUGUUGUGGUGGUUAAAUGAGAGAAUUUAUGCAAAGUUCCUGGCACAGCAUAUUUCCCUUGAUAAUUGCUACCAGCUAUUAUUAUCAUUGUUGUUCUCAUUGCUGUUAAGAAGUAUAGUGUUCUCCAGAAACCAGGACAUGUUGAGCACCUGUCAUGAACAAGGCACCACGGAGCUCACAUAACCAGAGCGCUCUCUCACCUUCCCUUCGCUACGCAAGCCACAGUCGACUCUUUAUUUGCAGCUCCUCUAAGGAGCCAUGCUCUCUCCUAUUUCUGGGCCUUGUGCCUAUUGCUGAUUCUGUACCUGAAAAUCCCUUCUCCUCCCUCUUCUCUUCUAACUCCCAACAUCACUAAUUCCUGUUCCUCUUUCAGGACGCCAAGUAGAUGUCUCCUUCUUCAGGAAGCCCUCCCUGAUACACCACCAGCAGAGUUGGCACAUGUGCCCCUCCUGCGUGCUCCCACAGCCUUUCGUGCACCCCCAUUAUGGUAGCAGUUACCAUGGUGGAUGUAUUUGCCUGUUUCCCCGUCUAUCUCUACCACUAGCCUCCACCCAGAAAGAAGGUCUCCUGGUUUUCUGGGCCCAGAGCAAACUGCACUGCUGUCUUUCAGGAUGUUCUGUUGCACAGCUUAGGGCCAAGAUCAUCCCUGCAUGGACCCCUUCCAGAAAAUACCGAGGACUCGUAACCAUAGGCCUCUUAGGAAGUUCAAGAUGAAAAGACCUGUCUCUGCUUUUUGUAAAUAUUAGAAGGGAAAAUUAUGGGGCAGAAUUCUUUGUCCUUUCUUAGGGAAGCAGGGUGAGCAUUGAGGGGAACUAACGUUCAAGAAGCCGUAGCUGUAGUGUGGGAUAAAGCAAAGGAGCGACUGCGGGACACUCCAAUUCUGUCGCUGCCAGCGUGGCCGAGAACCAGGGCUUGGCAUGGGAGCAGCGAGAUUCAGGUGUUAAACUGGAGGAGAUGAAGUUCACAAUCCUACAGCCCUGAUUUUGAGUUGUGAAUUGAGGACGUAUUUUAUCUUUAAAAACAAACAGUUGCCUGAGGAAAUGAAGGGGAGAAAUAGCUAGAAAGGGGAAGGGAGGAGAGGACAGAGGGAUUACAGAGGCCUGCAGAAACUUUUGGGGGCGAUGGAUAUGUUCCUCUGUUCAUUGUGGUGAAGGAUUCGCAGGUACAGACACACGAGACAUGCACUUUAAAUAUGUACUGUUUCUUGUAUGUCAUUUACACCCCAAUAAAGCUAUUUUUUUAAAAAAA